AUGGAGAACACUUCCACCCUCAUUAACCUCAACCACAAGCUCGCACAACUCACUCGCUCCAACCAACACACACAAUCCCUCAAACUCUUCACCCAAAUCCACUCCUCCCUCACUCUCAGACCCGACCACUACACCCUCUCCACCGCCAUAACCGCCACUGCCAACUCUCGCCACGUCAGCUUCGGGACCCAGCUUCACGCCCACGCCAUCCGAACUGGGCUCAAGGCCCAUUCUCACGUCGCCAACUCCCUCCUCUCUCUCUACGCCAAGGCUCAUCAUCUCGCUUCCGUCCAACGCGCUUUCGCUGAAAUCCCGAACCCUGACUCAUACUCGUGGACCACGCUCCUCUCCGCUGCAGCCAAACUAGCACACGUUAACCACGCCCUUCAACUUUUCCAUCAAACGCCCAAAUGCCACGUCGCAGUUUGGAACGCCGUUAUUAGCGGCUGCACCAUUAACGGCCAUGACCAACUUGCUUUCAACUUGUUCAGGGACAUGCAGAGAAUGGGUGUUAAGGCUGAUAAGUACACUUUUGCCACCAUGUUGAGUUUGUGCUCUUUGGAGCUUUUGGAUUAUGGAAGGCAUGUGCAUUCAACGGUUAUCAGAAGUGGUUUUUUGGGUUGGACUUCUGUGGUUAAUUCGUUGAUCACUAUGUAUUUUAACUGUGGGUGUGUUUUGGAUGCUUGUGAAGUGUUUAGGGAAGCAGAAGAAGGUGCCAUGCAUGAUCAUGUUACGUUUAAUGCAAUGAUUGAUGGAUUUGCAAGUGUGGAAAGGGGUGAAGAUGCGUUUUUGAUGUUCAGAGACAUGCAAAAGGGUUGUUUUGGGCCAACGGAAGUUACCUUUGUGUGUGUCAUGAGUUCUUGCUCAUGUUUAGGGGCUGGUUGUCAAGCACAGGCGCAAGCUAUCAAGAUGGGUUUUGUUGGUUGUGUUGCUGUGAAUAAUGCAAUGAUGACUAUGUAUUCUGGAUUUGGGGAGGUUGAUGAAGUUCUAGAUAUUUUUGAGGGAAUGGAAGAGAGGGAUGUUGUGUCGUGGAACAUUAUGGUUUCGAUGUUGAUGCAGGAGAAUCUUGUGGAAGAAGCAAUGUUGAGUUAUUUGAAAAUGAGGAGGGAAGGAAUUGAACCAGAUGAGUUUACUUAUGGAAGUUUGCUAGUUGCUUCAGAUUCUUUGCAAGUUGUGGAGAAGAUCCACUCCCUUCUAUGCAAAAGUGGGCUUGUGAAAAUUGAAGCUUUGAAUGCGUUAAUUUCUGCAUACUGCAGACAUGGGAAGAUUACAUGUGCAUUUCAAAUCUUCUCUGAUAUUCCUUGUAAAAAUUUGAUAUCUUGGAACAGUAUCAUAUCUGGUUUUUUGAUGAAUGGAUACCCUCUGAAAGGGUUAGAGCAAUUCUCUAGGUUAUUUAGUGCACAUAUUAAGCCAAAUGCCUAUUCCCUCAGUCUUGUUUUGAGCAUUUGUUCCAGCACUUCAGCCAUGAGUCAUGGGAAACAGGUUCAUGGCUACAUACUACGGCGUGGGUUUUCUUCAAAAGUUUCUUUGGGUAAUGCCCUGGUCACAAUGUAUGCCAAAUGUGGAUCUUUAGACAGGGCUUUGAGAGUAUUUAAAGCAAUGGAUGAAAGAGAUACAAUCUCUUGGAAUGCUAUAAUAUCUGCUUAUGCACAACAUGGACAAGGCAAAGAAGCCGUGCACUGUUUGGAGGCAAUGCAAAUCUCACCUGGAAUCAAACCAGACCGGGCUACCUUCACUGCAGUUCUUUCAGCUUGCAGUCAUGCAGGUUUGGUUGAUGAUGGGGCCCAUAUUUUUGAUACAAUGGUGAAAGUUUAUGGAAUUGUGCCGAGUGUGGAUCAUUUUUGUUGCAUAGUUGAUCUGCUGGGUCGCAGUGGAUACCUUGAUGAGGCAGAGAGAUUAAUUAAAGGUGGAUGCUUUGGAACACAUUCUGAUAUCUGCUGGUCAUUGUUCAGUGCUUGUGCAGCUCAUGGUAAUUUAAGGCUAGGAAGAACUGUUGCUAGACUUCUCCUGGAAAGAGACCAUAACAACCCAUCAGUUUAUGUUCUUUUAUCAAAUAUCUGUGCAGCAGCAGGUCAAUGGGAAGAAGCUGCUAAUCUGAGAGAUAUGAUGAGAGAAUUUGGGACAACAAAGCAGCCAGGAUGCAGUUGGAUCAGAACCUAAGAGUCUAUGACUCGCAAACUAUAGGUGCUUGUAAAUUUAUAAACGUGAGCUUAACAUGAUGGAGAUCCUAUACAGAGUUCAAUUUUGAAUAGACUCGACUAUAGAGUAUGAUGUGAUAUGUAAGAUGUUCAAAGUGGCAUCCUAUGCUUGCAGAAAAUUGGUUUGUAGUGUCUGGUUUUCAGUGGAGCCUAAAGUGGCCAAAGUUUUGAUCUUUUCUACUGAGGGAAGUCAUUGGAGGGGCUGAAAGCAAGAUGCAUUUGUAUUGGUGGUGUUCAAAAAUUGGGGUGGCAGUGUGGGCAAGCAGUGGACCUCCUAAGGGAUUGUGGGCUUCACCAAAGAAUAUGUAAAAGAUGCUCUAUUUGUUGUGCUUCCUUUACAAGAUUGGAGUUAAGAGGAGGUUUCUGCAUGAAGGGUGUGAUUGUCAAGCUUACUCAUGCUUAAACUGCACCAUUACUUCAGUUGAGUCUUGUUGCUAGAAAAAGAGCCUUGAUCCUGAGAAUGCUACCGUUCAACCUGCAAGACAUGAUACUGCGUCACCUUGCUAUUCUGAUUCAGAAGAUGCUCAUAAAUUAGGGAAUUCAGAAGUGGAAAAAAGUGGCAAACAUGUGGUGGUAGAAGUUGAGCUCGAGAGCAUAAUAGUAUUCAGUUUUUAAACACUCUUUGUUAAAUAAUUAUAAAAUAUUUUAAUUAUUAAUAAUAAAUAUUAUGUU